ACACAAACUUAGAGAGAAUAUUUGGAAGUAGAAAAGAAUGGAUCAAAGAGAAGGGUGGAAUGUGAUGGCAAUAACCCUAGUAGUGGCUGUAGGGCUGAGCCUGUACGUGGGGCGGAUGCAGGCGGCGGUGACGCUGCCGCCGGAGUCCCGGCCGUUGAAGCGCCAAUUCUACAAGAAGCUGAACACUUGUGCUAAUGUGGAAGCCUUUGUGCAACAUCAAGUCAAGUUAUGGUGGGAUAAGGACAAGAGCAUCGCACCCAAGCUGCUCAAGAUCCUCUACGCAGAUUGCAUGAUUAACGGAUGUGAUGCGUCGAUCCUGCUAGACGGGCCUCACACGGAGAAAAAAGCGAUACAAGAUCUAAGCGUCGAUGGAUUUAGACUUAUCGACAAGAUUAAGACGGUAGUCGAUGACCGAUGCAAAGGACCGGUGGUUUCCUGUGCUGAUAUUCUUAACCUUGCUGUUCGGGACGCCCUUCAUCUGGCAGGGGCACCAGGUGCACCAUCAUAUCCAGUGUACCUGGGUAGAAGGGACGGUCUAGGGUCAAAUGCAGCAUGGGUGGAUCUACCAUCACCCUCAAUCUCUUCGGAAGGAGGCUUGGCAUAUUUCAGGUCCAAGGGUUUAGAUGCACAGGAUUAUGUCACACUCCUAGGAUCACAUACAAUAGGAAAAGCACACUGCUCAUACAUACGCAAUCGUCUCUACAACUUCAACAAAACCGGUAAACCAGAUCCAACAAUGAGCAAAUCCACGUUGGACAAACUCAGACGACAAUGCCCUUCAUCACUGAAGAAGGGCCAGGAGGAUCCGACGGUCUUUCUGACUGACAAGUACGGUCCUAAUUACACGUUCAGCAACGCCUACUACUCUAACGUACUAUCGAAAGAUUCAGUUCUUAGAGUUGAUCAGCAGCUACUGUUCAACAAGAACACAAGCCCAAAAGUGCUUGAGUAUGCGGGCAAAUUUGAGGAGUUCCGGCAGGGAUUUGCCCUAUCGAUGAGCAGGAUGGGAGGCCUCAAAGUUUUGACAGGAAAGCAAGGGGAGAUUCGCAGGAACUGCCGUUUCACAAACAAGAAUAAUCCCAAGAUCAAGUAGGACGGAUCUAUGGGUGAAGUGGGAA